CGCACACUCGGUACACUGUGCGGCCGCGCAGUCGCUGAGAACUGCAGCAGACACUGUCUGCCGCUCAGUGGUGGUCGGUCCAUCUCAAGGUGAGCAUAUGUCCUCGCUCUCCCUGUUGCCCAACAUGGUUCCUUGCCUACCCAAGCUCACUUACCUCUGAUCCUCACGAGUGUAUACCCAAGCCGAGGUGAAUGUGUAGUAGAGUAGCCCAUUACCAACGUGAUUACCACAGUAUUGAGUGAGGAGGAGGAGGCUUCUGCAGGUGCGUCCUUCCUGGAGGCUAGAGAGCUGAGAGAGAAGCAAUAUAGGAAAUUUAAAGAGCCUCUUAUAUAGUAUAGAGAGCGAUUAGUAACGUGUACAACAGCUGUGUUCAGUUAUAUGAUAAGUGAAUUAGAGAAGUGUUGAGUUUGCAGAGAUUAGUGUGCAAGGGGAGUGUGCAGUGUGCCUACUACAGGAGGUAGUGGUAGAAGUGGUGGAAGAAGUGUGGUGGUGAAGGUGAUCAGUGUGGCACAUACAGUGUAGGUCAUGCCGCUCUUUGGCUCCAAGAAGGAGGUAGCCAAAAAGUCUACCAAGAAGGAGAAAGAAGAAGGAAAGAUGCCUUCCGUAGAAGACAAAUACCUGCUUAAGGAUCUUCUUGGAACGGGAGCGUUCUCUCAGGUCCGCCUGGCGGAGGUGCGGGAUGAUCCCUCACGUGUGGUGGCCAUCAAGAUCAUCGACAAGAAAGCACUCAAGGGCAAAGAAGACUCGCUAGAGAACGAAAUCAAAGUACUCAGGAGGUCAGUGUUUCGAAUUCUGUCAGUGUUCAGUCCUCUGUCAUACUGUUUUCACUGUUUGUGAUCAUCGGUGUAUACAUAUGGCACACACCA